UCGGCGAACGAGCGACCUCUGCCUGUGCGCUGAUUGGCCACGAGCCGAGGCCAACCCCGCCCCCUGUUUUCCGCUCUCUAGGUCUGCAGAAGCCUCUGGGGUCUCGGCCGGAUCUCGAAGCUUUAGACGCCGAGCUACGCUGCAAGUAACCAUGCCGCGUGGAAGCCGGAGCCGCACCUCCCGCAUGGCCCCUCCGGCCAGCCGGGCACCUCAGAUGAGAGCCGCGCCUAGACCAGCGCCCCCGGCUCAGCCCCCAGCAGUGGCUCCGCCGUCUGCUGUUGGCUCCCCUGCUGCGGCACCCCGGCAGCCAGGUCUCAUGGCCCAGAUGGCAACCACUGCAGCUGGCGUGGCUGUGGGCUCUGCCGUCGGGCACACGAUAGGUCAUGCCAUCACCGGGGGCUUCAGUGGAGGAAGUAAUGCUGAGCCUUCAAGGCCUGACAUCACUUACCAGGAGCCUCAGGGAACCCAGCCGGCAUACCAGCAGCAGCAGCAGCAAUUUGGCCCGUGCCACUACGAGAUGAAACAGUUUCUGGAGUGCGCCCAGAACCAGGGUGACCUUAAGCUCUGUGAAGGUUUCAGUGAGGUGCUGAAACAGUGCAGAUUUGCAAAUGGAUUAGCCUAAUCACGAAGUUCACAUUGAAGAUGCGGAAAAUCAUCUCUCAUGACCAAGUUAAUUUAGCAUAAAAAUAUAAUCGAUGGUGAAUACAUACAGUGUAAAACCACCAGUUAAACCUCUCCUUCAUCAUUAAGUAUAGUUUUCCUCAGAAUUGGAAUAAAAAGGGUGUCUGACUAUAUAGAAGUUCAUUGAGAUGGGUUGAGUUUGGGGCUGGGCAAAUGUUCAUGUGCCUCCUUAAAUCACCUCUUGUGAUGUUCUCAUUUGUGAAUUAAUUAGAAUAAAGUGAUUUUCUCCCAAAA